GUUCUCUUCCACGGCACCUCAAUAAAUACAAACCCAGCCAAAGCCAAGCUCCCACGAAAACGAAAGCCUCCGUUCCCAUACUCCUCACCGACCGACCAGCUCUCACCGUGAUUCCCCCAAACCAAAUUCAUCGGAGUUCUACGGGACAAGGAGAGGCACUAUAUGGGGAGAACAGUCCUGGAGGUUGGAGCUGAUGGGGUUGCCCUCAUCACCAUCGUCAACCCCCCUGUGAACUCCCUCGCUCUUGAUGUGCUGCACAGUCUGAAGGAGAGUUAUGAUGAGGCACUGCGGAGGAAUGAUGUCAAAGCAAUUGUUGUUACAGGUGAAAAUGGCAAGUUCUCCGGAGGCUUCGACAUCACAGCCUUUGGUGGUCUCCAGGGUGGAAAAGUUGAACAACCCAAGCCUGGUUAUAUAUCUGUGGAGGUUAUCACCAACACUGUUGAAGCUGCUAAAAAGCCUUCAGUUGCUGCAAUUGAUGGCCUUGCCCUUGGUGGAGGUCUGGAGGUCGCCAUGGCAUGCCAUGCACGUAUAUCUACUCCUACCGCACAACUAGGCCUUCCUGAACUUCAACUUGGGCUAAUUCCUGGUUUUGGAGGAACUCAGAGACUUCCCCGUCUUGUUGGUCUUGCUAAAUCUCUUGAAAUGAUGCUGACCUCAAAGCCUGUCAAAGGACAGGAAGCACAGAACUUGGGCCUUGUCGAUGCUGUUGUCUCACCCAAUGAACUGGUCGAUACAGCACGAAAGUGGGCCCUGGACAUUGUGGAACGAAGAAAGCCAUGGGUCCCAACUCUCUAUAAGACUGACAAGAUAGAACCUCUUGGAGAGGCACGAGAGAUACUCAAGUUUGCAAGAGUCCAAGCCCGUAAACAGGCCCCCAAUCUCAAGCAUCCUUUGGUCUGCAUUGAUGUGAUUGAAGAGGGCAUACUUUCGGGUCCAAUGGCCGGUCUUUGGAAGGAAGCGGAAGCUUUCCAAGGGCUUCUACACUCUGACACAUGCAAGGCCUUAAUCCACAUAUUCUUUGCCCAACGUGGAACUUCAAAGGUUCCCGGAGUCACAGACAAAGGUCUAAUUCCAAGAAAAGUGAAAAAGGUUGCUAUUGUUGGUGGAGGAUUAAUGGGCUCAGGAAUAGCAACAGCGCUGAUACUCAGCAACUAUCCCGUAAUCCUUAAAGAAGUCAACGAGAAAUUUUUGCAGGCUGGAAUUGGAAGAGUCAAAGCCAAUCUGCAGAGCCGUGUUAAGAAAGGUAACAUGACUCAAGAGAAGUUUGAGAAGACAAUGUCCCUUUUGAAGGGAACACUCGACUAUGGGAGUUUCAGAGAUGUGGAUAUGGUCAUUGAGGCUGUUAUUGAGAAAAUUUCACUGAAGCAAGAAAUUUUUGCUGAUCUUGAGAAAUAUUGUCCUCCUCACUGUAUACUCGCAACAAAUACUUCUACAAUUGAUUUGAAUCUCAUUGGUGAGAAGACCAGGUCGCACGAUCGGAUCAUUGGGGCCCAUUUUUUUAGCCCAGCCCAUGUGAUGCCUCUCUUAGAAAUUGUUCGUACCCAGCACACAUCUUCUCAGGUUAUUGUGGACUUGCUUGAUGUUGGGAAGAAGAUAAAGAAGACUCCAGUUGUGGUUGGGAACUGCACAGGCUUUGCUGUGAAUCGAAUUUUCUUCCCUUACUCACAAGCGGCUUUUUUGCUUGUUGAGCGCGGCACGGAUCUCUAUCAGAUCGACAAGGCAAUCACCAAAUUCGGGGUGCCAAUGGGCCCCUUCAGAUUGGCAGAUCUCGUUGGUUUUGGUGUAGCUGUUGCUACUGGCACGCAAUUCGUUGUGAAUUUCCCUGAACGAACUUAUAAGUCGAUGCUUGUUCCACUGAUGCAAGAGGAUAAUAGAGCAGGUGAGGCAACCCGUAAAGGCUUCUACCUGUAUGAUGAUAAAAGGAAGGCUAGCCCUGACCCUGAAUUGAAGAAAUAUAUUGAGAAAGCAAGGAGCAUUUCCGGUGCUACCGUAGAUCCUAAGCUCGUGAAGUUAUCGGAAAAGGAUAUUGUUGAGAUGAUAUUCUUUCCAGUCGUGAAUGAAGCCUGCCGUGUCCUGGACGAAGGUAUUGCUGUUAAGGCAGCAGACCUCGACAUCGCUUCGGUGAUGGGAAUGGGUUUCCCACCUUAUAGGGGAGGUCCCAUAUUCUGGGCUGAUUCUCUUGGGUCCAAGUACAUUUACUCGAGAUUGAAUGAAUGGGCGAAAACAUAUGGGGAUUUCUUCAAACCUUGCGCAUACUUGGCUGAUCGAGCCGCAAAGGGGAUUCCUCUGAGUUCUCCAUCGGUACAAGGACAAGCUCGGCUGUAAGCAGGAGAGGUGCUGGUUCUGUUGUUGUUACCGCUCUGCUCUUUCGAAGUCUUUUAGCUUUCAGUUCAGCUUUACAUGUCUCAAAAGGUGUCCCAAUAAUGUGUAUCCCGUGGAAUGUCUGUCGACGACGCGAAAGGUUCUCAAUUUUUUUUCAGAAUAAAAAUCUCUCAUUAUGUCUAUAGUAGUUUUUAGACAUUUCUAA